CGGGCUCUGUCAAGCCUAUCAAUUUUCUCAUGUUUUGUUUUGCCAGUUCAUCGAGCGGAUAAUUUGUGUGUCAACAUGGAGGAUAUUGGGUCUAAACUACCAGAAAAAGAACAAACUGACCAGGUUGAAAAUCACACUGAUGCUGAGGAAAAAAUAUCAAAUGAUGAAACGGAAAGUGAAGACAUUUCAUUAAGUUCUCGAGUGAAUGGUUGUGAAAGCCCUGAGCUAAACAGUGAGCAGUUAAAUAUAGAUGAUGAUGAUGAAGGGAACAGUAGUGACAGCAUGCCAGACUUAAUUUGGCCAGAAAAAAAGACAAAGAAAAAGACAGGUUUGACAUCAUCAACCUCGAGAGACACAGGUUUCUGUUCUGAUAGCACAGGUAACACACCCAGUCCUGACAAUGCCAGCCGGAAAAUUGAAGAAACUAUUAGUAAAAGCAGCUCAGAUGGCUCAACGGCAACCCCAGAUGAUGAGGAAUCACAAGCUGAUGAAGAAAGAGAUGGUGUGCUUGAUAUUUUGGGAAAUGGCUUGUUAAAGAAAAAGGUACUAACAGAAGGCAAAGGUGUUGAUACCCGUCCUAGUAAUGGAGACAGAGUCACAUUGAAAGUAGAUGGCCUUUUACAUGAUGGAACACAUGUAGAUACUGGGGAGAUUUCUUUUAUUCUCAAUGAUGGAGAUGUGAUCCUUGCAUUUGACAUAGCAGUUGCACUGAUGGAGGCUGGUGAAACAUGUGAAUUGUUUACUGCAUCUAAAUAUGCUUAUGGUUCAAUAGGGAGACAACCAGACAUUCCAAAAGAUGCAGAUAUAACUUACACACUUGAGCUGUUGAGUAUUGAACCUUCACCUGAAAUUUCAACAUUGAAGUUUGAACAACGGCUUAAAUUAGGAGAAGACAAACGAGAGAGAGGCAACUAUUUAUUUGGUCGAGCAGACUACUCAGGGGCCAUCAAUUCAUAUAACAAGGCAAUUAAACUUUUAGCAGAUUCAGAUUACAAUGCAAGUCUUGAUGAAGCUGCUAGAAAUUGUAUGACGGAGGCGUGGGUCAAAUGCUACAAUAACAUGGCAGCUUGUCAGUUAAAGAUUGAAGCACAUGAUGCAGCCAUAAGAUCAUGUGAAAAAGUUUUGUCUCAACAGAGGAACAACAUUAAAGCUUUGUUUAGGAUAGGAAAGGCUUAUGCAGCAAAGGGUGAUAUUGAACUGGCUAUAGACUUUGUGCGUCAAGCAAUUAAACUAGAUCCAGAUUCCAAACUGUUACACCAAGAGAUGCUUAGCCUGACUCGGAGGAAGAAAAAGGAAACGGCAACAGAGAGAGAACUUUAUCAACGAAUGUUGGGUGUAAAACCAGGGGACAAAAAUGUUUCUCCCAGCAAGCCCAAGUCUUCUAGUUCUCUGAUCAAAUGGACUCUACUAGCAGGAGGUGUGGCAGCAGUGUUGGUGUCAGUCAGCCUUUCACUCUACAGGGGCUCCUGAGUUCCAGCACAAUCUGUCUGACUGCUAAAGUGUAUGGAAGAAGUUUUGACUGUGAGAAACUGAUCAGAGAAUACAACCUGCAGCUUUUUGAUCAUGGCGUGUAACAUGAACUUGUGAUUGAUUCAUUGAUGAAUAUAUUGAUCCUUGCUACAACCUCAUUACUGGAUCUAGUAACAGAGUGAAUUAAUUUGGAUGGAUUUCUAUGCUGCAAUGUUAAUUUAUUCUUUGUUAAAUUUUUAAUGCAAUAAUUUUUCUUUUUAUUUGAAAGAAGCAUGUUAGUUUAGCAAUUUAGUUUAGCGUAUUAUUUGUGACAAUUCAAGGUCACUGUUUGUUAUAAAAAAAUUGACAGUUAUUACCCUUGUUUUUAAAAAAAAUGUUUAUUGUUUUAUCAAAUUUAAAAACCAUUGAUUGGCCAUUUCAUUAUUUGGAAGUUUAUUUUUAUUAUAUUUUAAAGUCAAAUUUUUGAGUUCACUGCCUUAAAAUGUAAAGCAGAAUUAUUUUAAAAUUGUGUAAAAAUGUUUGUGAAAGGGUGUAUUUGAAUGAUUUUACAUUUUAAAACUUUUUUAAUAUAUCAAAUAAUUUAUUAAAAAUAAUUCCAGCAUAAAAAAAAGAGUUAAAAGGCUUGGUCCUUAUUUUAUACCUUUUAAUAAAUCACAGAGUGAUACAGUUCUCUUCUUUUUACCACAUUUGUUGCUUCAUGACCUUUGUUAAAUUUUUUUACAUGUUUAUUGUAUUCUUUUAAGCAGAAACUAAUAGCUUCAUUGUUUAGUCUUGCCAUUGUUUUAUUUGCUAUUUCCACCUACAUUUAUUCCAAAUACUUGGUGUAGCCCACACAUAUAUAACAAUAUAUAUAUAUGUCUUAAAAAGCUAAUUAAGUUAGAUAAUGUUAAAUUGAUAAUGUGUAAAUGUACUAAUGAAGUACUUUGUUAAAUACGAAUUUUAUAAAGCUGUUGUGAUUGUAACUUUUCUUAAUGUUCCAAUCAAGUAUUCCACCUUUUUACUGCAGUUAUUGUUAUGAUACCAGACAGAUAUUUUUCAUCAAUUCUUAACCAAGUUUUACCCUCCAACUGCUAAUGCAUGUUUUUAAAACAAAUUUUAAAAAAACUUUCACCAACAAAAUAAUAAUCAACUCCUUUAGGAAAUUCAGUACUAAGUUGUCAUAGUGUGACUUAUUAUUCAUAUAAAAACCCCAGUUUAUCUAUUGUAUACAUUUUUAAAGCAAAUUACUAUAGUUGUAGCAUAGUAUUCAUUUGCAUGAAGCAGCACCAAAGCAGAAUGUGACAUUGCUGUAUUCAUGAUGAGACACAUUGGCAUUUAGUUUUACAUUUUAGGUGAAAUUUAGUGUCUAAGUUGGAGUGGAUUAUGACGUUGAUUCACUUAAUUUGUUUUGCUUUUUUUUAAGCCUCAGAAAAUGAAAUCCCACACUGUAACAAAGCUCUUAUCUAAUAAGAGUGACUGCCGCUUAGUAUCUUGUUGCAGAGACCACUUCGUAUAUUUUCUGGCUAGUUUUAUUUGUCAUUUAAUAAGUAACAGUCUGUCAGCUGUUCUGUGAGAAUUACUGCCCUUAAACCACACAUGUUGACACAAUUCUGCCAUCUCCUGUUCAAUAAGAUUGACUGCACUGCCCUUAAUGUCUGGUUUCCUUAAGCAUGUAGUGUUUGAUUAUAAAAUUUAUAAAUUUCAAUUUCUGUCAAGCCAUAAUUUGUAACAUUGAUAGAUAUUUUUGAAUUUUAUCAAUAGCUGGAAAUGGCGAUGGUAAAUAUGAUUUAAAUGCUAUAACAAUUCCACAAUGAAAUAUUUCUUGUUGCCUUUACAAGGCAGCAGUUCUAUAACUGCUGAAUAAGGAAUAUAAUCUUGGUAUUUUAAAACAUAUAUACAUGACAGUUGAAGAAUUUAUGUAACCACAGAACUUUAAGUUCUAACCAAAUGUAUGGCUUGUUUUUUAAUAGAUUAUUAUUACAUUUCAUCCUAAAGAAUCGUAUAAUGAUAAUAAAGUUGAUGAUGGAUGGUCCUAAAUCUUUUCCAUUGGUGGUCCAAAUGUUCUUGAAUUAUUCAUAACAUACAUCUUAGAUUAGGUAGAUUGUCAGUUUUAAAACAUUGUGCCUGCUGCAUGUAGAGCUUGUGAAUGGAGCUCUUGGUAGUGUCAGUGUUUAAUAACUUCAUGUGGUUUCAUGUUGUUUUUUACACUGUCGCCAUGCUUUUUUACAAUAUUUAACUGUUCACUUUGACAAGAGAUAGUGAAAUCAAUAUAAUUUAUUUUUAAUGUUUGUCUUAAUCAAAUGAAUACAUUUUUUUAUUUUUUAAGGCAGCUAUUGUACAUCGUUUGAAUCUAGCAGAAAGUAGGUUAGUGUGUUUGCAGGAUGUUUCCCUAGACUUGACAUCUUGCUGUAAACAUGAUACGGCCUGUUGCUCUAGAAAAGAAAUGACAAAUUGCUCUAGACAUGACAUAAUUCUUGACUUCUUUAAACAAAAGUUAGCUAUUUUCUCUCUUUUUGUUAAAACUGUAACUGAUUUAUUCUAUUAGAGCAGGAAUACUUAAUUCAAACAAUCUGUUCCAUAUGAUGUCACAACCACUUUCUCAAUCAGCCCCAACUCAAAGCUCACAAUCUUCAAGCAUUUUUCUAUUUUUAUAUCUAGUUUGCUAAAUAUAUAAUUUAGACAAACCUAAUAAACCUAAUGUCCUUGUUUGUUUUUGUAAGUUGCAGAUUUGCAAUACACAAGCUGAUGUUGAAAUUAGAAUAUCAUACAUCUAAACAACUAUCUAAACUAACUAGCAUGCUGUAACUAGAAUUUACAUAUAGUUCUAGACCUGCAUGUUCUUCUAGACAUGCAUGCUCUUCUAGAACUACAUGUUUUUCUAGUUUUAACUAUGAUUGAGGAGCUAGAUAUCAUGUACUGCCUUUACUAAAACAGACAUUCCACUUGUGGAACUUAUUGUUGUGAACAGAAUUUUUUUUUUUUUUUUACUUGAA